AUGGUCUUUCCUGCGACAUACCACCCAUGCCUGCUCUACAUACGUCACCUGGACCUUCUCAACUUCCUCUCGAACUUUGGGUGCGUAGCCUUUCCUGGCGAGCAGUUCAUUGCGGAAAACCGUCACGCUGCUGUGGCUGCCCAGCAAAACCUCGGUCCCAUAACUGAUCGAAGCAUCGCUGCGGCGAACCACAUCUGUACCGAAGCCCCGAGCAUUGUAUGCUUUGGCCACCGUCUUCUUCGCAAGAUAUGUUCCAUGUCUGAGACACGAGGCUUGCAUGUCAUGAUCAGGAGCUUGACGGCAGACUGGUGGAUUAACGUCCGGCCCGUCAUCCAUCUCUUUCGGAAGUUGGAAAGUCUCUCCCUCGUCUUUCUCGAUGACUUGGAUAAGCCCGCAGCCGCAAUGAUCACGAGCCAUCUGCCGAUAUUAACAAAGCUUUCAGUGGUACAGGCUGACGACUUGAAUGCUUCUUCCUUUGCAGACUUCGUCUCAAAUCUACUGCCGAAUCAGCUGCGUUCGUUGGAAUGCUCUCUCAAUAACAUACAGUUGCCGCUUUUGGAAGCAAUCGCGAAGCAGACUCAUCUCCAGGAACUAACCUUGAACUUCCUAGUUCGCCCUCCUUUCGAUACAUGUCUACUCUUCGGGCUAACAAGUUUGACCUCACUGACUCUCAGUUUUAACUUCCAGCCAUCACCUCAAAAUCGUUCGAGAUUCAGACGCUGGGCAGAAGAGAACCGCAGCAAGGUUGCAGCCUGGCUAAAAUCUUGCCAGGCGCUUCGUAGUAUCCAUCUCUUCCGCUUUCCGGACCUCGUUCCUGCAGUCGCUGAUGCUCUUCCCUACCUACAUCUUCACAGGUUACAUGUUUUCUCGACAGGAUGCUACAAAGACUUCUACAAAAAACUCGGGACGCAGCAGCUCGAGUAUCUCUUCCUAGCCGAGUGCUCUGACGAAGGCCUUGUCGACCCUAAUCCGGAACAGAAGGAACGCGGCGAGCUUGUCAUCAAAGCAGUGAUGGCCAUGCCAUGUCUUCGGGACUUACGGCUGCACACAUAUUCUUCUCUAGACUGCAGUGAGCUCGAGAAAAUUGCAAAACAUGUGCCGAGGCUCGAAACUCUCUCCUUUGUCAGCCGGAAAGAGGAAAAUUCGACCUGGACGCUGCGCGCUCUUGAGAGCUUCAGAUACCUCACCAGCCUGACAGUACUUGGCCACACUAAGUUCUCGGCGCGCGAGAUACUCUACUGGGUCGAUUACUUAAAAUGCCAUCAGCGCCUUGGCGGCUUCAGUCUGUUCCUGCCCGCACAAGACCGACAAUCUUGGUACCGGGGAGUUAGGGCCGCAGAUAACACAAUCCACGACCGUAACGACCCGGCGACGGCAAGCCUGAGGGAGAUGUUGAAUUAUCUGAUUGUAUUAUCAAGGGAAGACAUCUGGCGAGGCAACGACUACGAGGCCGACGAGGAGCGCAUGUUCGUGCAUCUCUGGGCCGAGAUCACGGGCCCAGCCGGGGGGCUGCAGCUUCUGAGGGGUUCGGGGCCGUAUGAGCCGUGGACGGGUUUGAUGGAGAACAAGGGCGUGCCCCUUGCUUGGAGCGUCUUGCAUUGACCCACUGUAAGGGAAGUAAUUCUGGUAGCUGGGGUAAGUCAGUAGUUAAAUAAAACAUGAGUU